AUGACAGGAACCCACAUGGUCUCUCACGGCUGCUACAGCUCCAAUAUUGAAGCGAGCGCAUCAACUCAGGAGCAGCAGAGGCAUCCCACGACCGAAUUAUCCAAGCCCCCCCCCCCCCCCCCCCCCCCACCCCCCCCCCCCCCUCCCCCCCCCCCCCCCCCCCCCCCCCCCGGGGUAGACUUGAGCAGCGUUGCUGGCUUUCAGGCAAUAGACCUGGAUGCCAUCGCCAACCUGGGGCUCCUCCGUGCUGCCUUCACUGCAGCUGGGAAUGAUACUCUACAGUGGGAACACAGACAUGGCUCGGCCUUCCACCAGGAGAUGGACUACAAGGCAGGUUCCCUGGUCUGCAAGAAGCCUGGACACUACUAUGUCUACUCCAAGCUCUCCUUGGGGCAGGCAAGAUGCUCUGCCACGCAGCAGCAGAAGAGCAUGCUCGUCACCCACAGUGUGUGCAAGAGGACUCCUCGGUAUCCAGCGGAGAUUGUGCUUCUGACCAGCAUCAUUCCGUACUGCGGCACCGAAAUCUGGCGGCAGAACAGCUUCGUGGCCGGAGUGGUGCGGCUUGAGGAAAAGGAGGAAGUCUACGUUAAGGUCUCUGAGAUGCAGCUGGUGCGGGUCAAGGAUGGCACCAGGUCCUAUUUUGGAGCCUUCAAGAUCUGA